AGAUAUACAUUAAUUAGUUUGUCAUAUUAAAUAAAUAAAUGAAGUUUUAUGUUAUUUAAUAGAUUUAAUAAAUCUUAUUCUAUGUCUUUAUGGUUAUGUCUAUAUAGUUGGUUAUUUUGUGAGAAUAAUUAUUUGUGUAACAAUCUUCAAAUAAUUUUAGGUUAAAGUUUGAUCAACGUGAAAUAUUUGAAGAAGUCGUGAAAUUUUACGGAAAUUAUAUAUAAACUUAGAAAAUUUGUCUGUAUUUUGUAGAAGUAUUUAAAAAUAUUAAAAUAGAAUUGUUUUAAAAUAUAUUUUUUUUAAAAUGCCGUAUGCAAAUCAACCGUCUGUGCACAUAUCAGAUUUAACCGAAGAAAAUGUAAAAUUUCAAGUAGAAGAUACAGAAUUAAGUGUAGCAAACAGUAUGAGAAGAGUAUUUAUUGCUGAAACACCAACAAUGGCUAUUGAUUGGAUACAAUUAGAAGCAAAUUCAACAGUCUUAAGUGAUGAAUUUUUAGCACAUCGUAUAGGAAUGAUACCUUUAAUCAGCGAUGAUGUUGUUGACAGAAUACAAUAUACCAGAGAUUGUCAGUGCAUGGAUUUUUGUCCAGAAUGUAGCGUUGAAUUUACUCUUGAUGUGAAAUGUACAGAAGAUCAAACAAGGCAUGUUACAACUGCUGAUUUUAAAUCAAGUGAUCCUAGAGUAUUGCCUGUUACAUCUAGACAUAGAGAAGAUGAUGCUAGUGAAUAUGGAGAAACUGAUGAAAUUUUGAUUGUAAAAUUACGAAAGGGACAAGAAUUAAAACUUAGAGCUUAUGCAAAGAAAGGAUUUGGAAAGGAGCAUGCAAAAUGGAAUCCAACAGCAGGUGUUAGUUUUGAAUAUGAUCCAGAUAAUUCAAUGAGGCACACUUUGUUUCCAAAACCAGAUGAAUGGCCAAAAUCAGAAUAUAGUGAAUUAGAGGAAGAUCAAUAUGAAGCACCUUUCAAUUGGGAAGCAAAACCAAAUAAAUAUUACUUUAAUGUAGAAAGUAGUGGAGCAUUAAAACCAGAAAAUAUUGUAAUGAUGGGAAUUGCUGCAUUAAAAAACAAAUUAUCAAAUUUACAGACUCAAUUGAGUCAUGAAGUACAAAGUGAUGCUUUAAGUAUUCACCAUUAAAUAAUUUCAAUAAAUGGUUAUUAUAUCUUUUCUUAUCAGUGUCAAAAAAUUAUUUCAUCUGUGCUUAAGAUUUCUAUUUUGUCCGGUGUACGAAUUUGUAUAUGUUAUUAUUUUUUCACAAUUUUUAGCAUAAGUCUUUAAGUACUUUAUUAAGCAUGAUGAAAUUUUUUUUAGACCCACGAGAUCCUUCAGUUUCUGGUGAUACAAAUAUGUGAUUUAUAUUUUUAUUGAAAUCAUGACAAUCCAAAUUACAAAUAUAUAAAUUUCAUUUAUGUAUAAUAAGCUACGGUCACAUUAUGAUCAGAAAUUAUUCGUUGUAAUAAAUUCCUCAACUUUCUCCAUAUUUUCUGUAUUAUUUGAGAAAUUUAUUAUAAAUAUAAAAAGCUAUGACUGAACUAAGUGCUUAGAUUUCACUUUUUAACAUAAAUUUAAGAUUUCUCAAAAAAUAGAGUUAAUCAUUUUGUAUUAUGAAUGACUCAUAAAUAGAAUGAAAUUGAAUUUGGCGCCGAGUGGUAUACGUAAAAUUAAAAAAUCCCCAAAUGGAGAUUGUGACUAUAUGAUAUUAUAUGAUAUUCACAAAGCUAUAUUAAUAACCUAUAUAUCAUAUAUAGCUACAAGCUAUAUUAAUAACCCAUACCAAUAGAACGAUUUUAAUAAAAAAAUGUUAAUCCGUUA